GCCUCUCAAUCUGUCUGCUGGAUCUGGAACACAGAUGCCACUCAGAAGGGCGUCCUCUAUCAGCAGAAGGUGCGUGUGUGAUAGAGCGGGAGCUGGCUGCCUCACUAUGGGCUGUGCAGAACUCAUGGCAAUGGGGCAGGAAAAUAUCUCACAUCUGUGAGUGCCUCUAACCAUGGCUGCCUGGGCUGCUUGUUAUCUCUGCCAGCUCUGUUGGUACCAGGGCACACAGGACUCCGCUGGUUCUGGCGGGGAUGCUAUGGAGUGUCUUGCUUGCUUUCAUUUCCAUGACUCUCCCUUCCAGCUGCCCAGUCCUUGUUCUGUGUUGCCAGAGGCUGGCUGAAUAGACAGAGGGUGCUGGUGGGAGGGGGGGUGGCACCCUGAGGGCCAAGAGGAUGGAGGUUUAUUGUGACGCACCACACCCUCAGAGCCCCAGCCACUCACUGGACCACACAGCCAGGAAGGGGGAAGCAUUUAGUUAAAGUGACACACCCCCAGAGGGUGCACUUUGGUUCCGCCAAGGACUCACUUUCUCCUCUUGGACCUCUUUGCUCUUCAUGUCCCCGUCUAGCUUGAGUGAGCGGAGCAAGAAAAUGGGCAGUUGUUAUAGAAGCCCCGAAAAACAAAAGGUCACUGUUCCCACAGGAACAACGCGUCCUUCUCCCACGGCAUUGUGCAGAUCCACUGAAAGAGCCCCAGUGACAGCCAGCCUUAUCUACACGGGUCCUGUAGUCGUCUCUUUCAUAUUUUCCCUUUGGCCUCCCGUCUAUCACAAGGAGCCUGGGUUGGGGCAGGGAUAGAAAUAGAUCUCUAGGCCCAGAAAUCACAAGGGCGUGGCCUGCCAAGCUGCAGUCUGUGCCUGGAACCUGGAGAAGAUCUAAUUCCUUACCUUAUCCAGUUAGAGCUCAGGCUAGUGACACACACAGACCCUGGGUAUAUGAAAGGAGGGAGGCAUAGAGCUCAUAGCUCUGUGGAAGGCAGGACUGGGGACACUUCCGCUGUGUGGCUUAUCCCCAAACUCCCCUUAGGAGAAAGUAUGAGGAGCGUGUUAAAUUUGGGCAAGCUGAAUGUGUCUGCACUGUCCAUUUUCCAUGGUUCAGAGCUACAUUCCUUUCAACAUCCAUCCACUGUUGUCUCCACUGACAUGUUCACCAGCCUGUUCCGAGGGGAAAAUGCUAAGUAGCUGGGACAGCGGUAACAUCUGUGAGUUAGAUGGACAGAGAGGAGGUACUGUGGUUGUCAGAAAGUUUAUCUGAUAAGUGACAGCUAGGGACACUGGGUCCUGCAGGUCAGGGAUUCUUGGCCUUGUUGUAGAAGCUAGGAGAUAUCCAUGUCAUGAACUGGUUGUUAUUGUCCUGCCAGACAUUACCUACUGGGAGAAGUGCCAAUUGUUAUCUGGCCCCAGAAAAUGAUUUCAUUUUUAACUCUAGCACAUCAGCUUCAUUUCCUGUGGAUAGAAACAGCCAUGGGAUUCACGUGUCAGCUCCAGCGUUAGCUGAGAGGGUGGCUCACCAUAAGAUUCAGACAAAAAAAAAAAAAAAACACCAAAAAAACCCGACAUGGCUCCAGGUGGUUCCCCUCACUGUCUUCGUGGCUUUGCAGGAGAAGACAGACUACACACAAUUGCGCCCGGAAUCCCAGUGAGUUUAGAAGUCUGCAGCCACAACUCAGAAGUCUCCGUCACUAUCAGGAGGGCAAACACUGCUUCCCACCUGAACCCAUAUUUCACCCCCCCCCCCCGGGUAAUCACACCCCUAUGCUAUUCCAAAGACCACCUGCCCACUUCAAAACACGAUCCUCCUUAGUACAAACCCUCCUCAAGCUAGCUCCCUAGGCUCGUUCCUACCCCUGUGCAGACGUCCCUGUUGGUCCCGUGCCUCAGGUACCACCAUCAAAUCCCCGUCCUAAUUUCCCUCCAUGAAGGAUCAUGACCUGGGAGGUCUAAGCUGAAAUUAACCCUUUCUUCACCAGGUCGCUUUCAGUCACUUAUCAUAAAAGUAGAGAGCAGACUAGAACAUGGGAGAGCUUGGUCCAUAAGUAAUGUCCAGAACUAUAAGUAACUGAUUUCUGGUUACUACAGAUGGCCUGUUCUUAGACAUCAUCAUCACAGCAACAUGAAAUGGACAAAGGCACCAAUGGGGGGAGGGACAUAAAAGUAUUUGUAUGUAUUAGUUUCUUUUCUGAUCACUAACUAGAGGGGACUUAAAAGAAGAGGGCUUUUUGGCUCAUGGUUUAAAGGGACACAGUCUGCUGUGUUGGGGAAGGCAUGGUGAUUGGUGGCUCCUCGGUGGGAGUAUGUGGUAGCUGCUAAUUACAUGGUCCUGAGCAAUCAAUAGAGCAGGGAGGAGGGUUUGAAUAUAUAUCCCAAGGCCCACCCUCCUACUAACCCUCUUCCUUCAUCUAGACCCCAUACUCUAUAGAUUCACCAUCUUCCCACAACAGUACCACUACUGGGGACCAAGUUCUGAAACACAUGAACCUGUAGCGGGGGAGGGUGCAUCUCACACACAAUCCCUAACAGUGUGGUAACAAUAUCUACCCAAAGUGUGGCUUGUCCUUUCACUUUAACCAUGCCCUGAGGUGAGUGGGAAUUUUAAGUCUUGAUUAAGGCCAUUUAGUGGGUUUUUGUUUUGUUUUGAGAGUUUCGUGUGUUUUGUUUCCUUUCAGGAGAUCAGUAGGAUAUUCUCCCACGUUUUCUUCUAGAAACUUUAAAGUUAUUUCAUUUGAUUCCAAUACUAAAUUUUUAAUAUGCGUAUUUUCUGUAACCCCCAUCCUUACACCAGCUGGUUUACUUGGUAACGCUGUUUACAUGCUUAGGGCAAUGCCGAAUGGGUGGAGAGAGUUGACAUCUGUAAUACACCAUUCUCAGCAUCUGACACAUCAACAAAUGGCCAUGGGCGUGACCCAACUGACAGCCACAGAACAUUACGUCGGCAAAUGCAGAGUGUGGGUUUGACUCUGUUAUACACGCAGCUCAGUGCUCACAGGUCAUCUGCGAUGCUCACAGUACCAGGCAUGCAGUGUCGUCAUGAGGCUUAAAGGUUAAAAUCAUACAGUGGAAUUAAGCUUUACAUAUGUAAGCACAUAUAUUUAUGUAUUUAUGGGUGCAUUUACAUACUAAUUAAAAGAAAAUCCCUCAGUGUUUGAUAAUGAAGCCUAACUAACUGUUCUUAGUAUCCCAUGGGUCAAAGAAGACCUAAAACAGAAAGUCUCAGAUUCCUGCCUGUGGACUUACAGACGUGGUAAUGUGUGAUACUAUAAUAGAUUGGUCAGGACUUGAGCCGGUCCAACUCCUUUCUGACUAGCUUCAUCCCGAGGCUUCCUAAUGUAAUCCUUCUCUCGUCUACAGCCUUGGGGGGAGAGAGGAUGCUGUGUGCUCUCUACUCCAGCGGAGAACACUGUAGUACAGACCUAUUUCCUCUCACAACGCUCCUUAGAAAAUGUCCUUCACGACUCUAGUCUGGGAGUUCUUUGGGUACUUUACCCAAAGGUCUUCCACAGAGACAACAGGAAUGUCUUGUCAUUUCAGACAGGUCUGAGAGUUCAACACAGUCCACUCCUGUAACUUUAGUGAAUGCUACUUCCAAACAGCUAUGAGGUGUCACCGUACCUAGGCUAUAAUCUGACCUACCUAGUCAUAGUCUGUUUGAGAAAUGUCUAGCUACAGAGCAUACCAGCUCUAUAGACACUUACUGUGGAACAAACCUCUCUCUGAACUCAUUCUGUAACUGAGUGGACUUAGAGACUUAAGAACCCCGGGGUUUCCGCAACUUCUAUGAACCAUGUUGGUGGGAGAUGUGACAGUCCAGUAUGGGAACAUGUUUGCUAUGUGCCCUAGCCGUGUACCAGUUAGCACUUUGAUGGGUGUUGCUUUCCUUUAAUAAUUUAAUGAUUUGCUUCCCUCUACAUGCACAAAACAAAGGUUCGUGCUAAGCACAUUCAACUGCCCAGAAGGGCUCUUCCAGAAUAUCCCAGCACUUUUCUAUGCAGACACCUGCAGGCCUUUAAUAUCACCAAGGCCCACAUUCUUGGUCUUCACAGCGCCUCCCUUUCCAGGCUCAGCCAUGAGCAGAAAGGCUAGCUAAGCUCUCUCCAGCAUCGCUUCCUGCAUUUAGAGAGCUAUGGAAAGCUGGAACUCCGGUUCAGCAAACAAGAGCCUCCCGGUGACAGGCAAGCUGUAAUAGCGCCUGGAAAGGUAUUGAGCUGAGGUCACGGUUGGUCGGCAUUUCUAUUUCCUGUACUUGGCGGGACGAGGAGCCCCUGACCCUGACCAGCCAGGACCGCCUAGGCUGGCAGGGUGGCUCUAGGUCGGAUGGGUUGUUCUCCUGGCAUCCCCUACUUUGUAGGUCUGUAAGGAACAGUGGAUGCUGGGUGUGGUAUCCGUUCUGUGCCCCACUGCCCGUGGGACCCAAGAUGGGAGAGGUGGUCAGGGGGAGAAGGGCCAGAGAUGGAGUGAAGUGUUGUUCAGUGCCCCCUUCCCACAGGAGCCCUGACCAGGAUCUGCAGAGAGCAAGCAGACUCUGGGGUCACGAUGGGUGGAGUGUCUGUCUUGUGUUCCCUGCCAGCGACAGCGCAGCUCCCAGUGUCUAACAGAGGGCGGAUGAUCGGGAGACACAAUCUGGCCCCGCGCCAUUUCCCAGUGACCAGGAGUCUGAGGGGAGAAGCGUCCACUCUGGGGCACUACAAGCUGGUGUCCUUUCUGUGCCCCCUCUGUCCCCGGGGGCGCAAGGGGCCCCUGUCCCCUGAUGCUGUCCAAGCGUGGAGGAAGGAGGCAAGGCUGAGCAUGGAGCAGGGAGAGGCCUCACCUCCUGUUCCUGCAGAACAUGAAGCGAAAUGUGACACCAGCAACAACGAAGAGGAGGGAGAACUGUUUGACUUCGACAGUGGAGAUGAAGUUCCCGAAGCGGAUCGGCAAGUCCCGUCUGCCGACGAUAGGACGAGAGGUGCUGAAGCAGGAGGUGCAGACGAGAACACGUGCCCUGCAGGAAAUGGAACUGGAGCUGAACCUGCCCCCGAGGCAGAGCCUGCGAAACUUGUGGUCCCCACAAAAGUGAACCCGUAUUCUGUCAUCGACAUCACGCCGCUGCAGGAAGACCAGCCGUCAUCUCCAGACGCGAAUACAGAGGAGGAAGGCGUGGGGCUGCGUGUGCCCAGUGGUUACUCUGUGCCUGUGCCCUGUGGCUAUGCUGUCCCCUCCAACCUGCCAUUGCUGCUGCCUGCCUACUCCAGUCCUGUCAUCAUCCGAGCCGAGUCUGUAGAGGAGGAAGAAGCAGCAGAAACUGUGGGAGAUGGGCAGUGCAAUUCCCUAAGCUCCGAGGACCUUCCACACAGCAGUGAGCAAGGCAGCCAAGAAGGCAGUGCCCUGGCCCGAUGGGCAGCCGACCCUGCCAACACAGCAUGGAUGGAAAAUCCAGAGGAAGCAAUUUACGACGACGUUCCGAGGGAAAACUCGGACUCUGAGCCAGAUGAAAUGAUUUAUGAUGAUGUGGAGAACGGCGAAGAAGGUGGAAACAGCUCCCCAGAGUACGGGUGGAGUUCCAGCGAAUUCGAAAGCUAUGAGGAGCCAAGCGACUCGGAGGGCAAGAACGGAAUUCCCAGGUCCUUCCUGCGCAGCAGUCAUAAAAAGCAACUCUCUCAUGACCUAACCCGCUUUAAGGCGCACUGUGAGGAAAAGAUGAGAGGCUUGGUGGCCAGUACGGUGGGAGCCAUGGAGAUUCAGCAGGCAAAGCAGAGGCAGGAGCGGAAGAUGCAGAAGCUUAUGAAGGCAGCCAAGGAGGGCACCAAAGAUGGGCUGGAGAAAACCAAAGCUGCUGUGAAGAGAGGCGGCUCCUUCAUCAGGACCAGGUCCUUGGUCUCUCAAGAUCACAGGUGUUAUUUUGAAGAAGAGCAGAAUUUGUUCAUUGACGUGGACUGCAAGCACCCGGAGGCUGUCCUCACCCCAAUGCCCGAGGGCUUGUCUCAGCAGCAGGUUGUGAGAAGAUACAUUCUGGGCUCCAUUGUUGAGAGCGAGAAGAACUAUGUAGAUGCUCUCCGGAGGAUUUUGGAGCAAUAUGAGAAGCCGCUGUCUGAGAUGGAGCCCCGGCUCCUGAGUGACAGGAAGCUCAGGAUGGUUUUCUACCGCGUCAAGGAGAUCCUGCAGUGUCACUCCAUGUUCCAGAUUGCGCUGGCCAGCCGCGUGUCCGAGUGGGAUGUCGUGGAAACAAUCGGCGACGUUUUUGUGGCCUCGUUCUCCAAGUCCAUGGUGCUGGAUGCUUACAGCGAGUACGUGAACAACUUCAGCACGGCCGUGGCUGUCCUCAAGAAGACGUGUGCCACAAAGCCUGCUUUCCUUGAGUUCUUAAAGCUGAGCCAGGAUUCCAGUCCAGACCGAGUCACACUCCACAGCCUUAUGAUGCGGCCCAUCCAGAGGUUCCCACAGUUCAUCCUCCUACUGCAGGACAUGCUGAAGAACACCGCCAAAGGACAUCCUGACAGGCUGCCCCUUCAGAUGGCGCUGACGGAGCUCGAGACCCUGGCAGAGAAGCUAAACGAGAGAAAAAGAGAUGCCGACCAGCGAUGCGAAAUCAAACAAAUAGCAAAAGCCAUAAACGAGAGAUACCUGAACAAGCUCCUCAGCAGUGGAAACCGGUACCUCGUCCGGUCCGAUGACGUCAUCGAGACGGUUUACAACGACCGGGGAGAAAUCGUCAAGACCAAACAACGCCGGAUCUUCAUGCUGAAUGACGUGCUCAUGUGUGCCACCGCCAGCUCACGGAACUCACAUGAAAGCCAUGCCGUGAUGAGCCAGAGGUACCUGCUCAAGUGGAGUGUCCCUCUAGGUCACGUGGAUGUGAUUCAGUACAAUGGAGGCUCUGGCGCCGGGGAGCACUGUCGGCACCACGCUGCACACUCACCUGAGAGCCUGGCCGUGGUGGCCAACGCGAAGCCACACAAAGUUUACAUGGGGCCAGGGCAGCUGUACCAGGAUCUGCAGAACCUACUGCACGACCUGAACGUUGUUGGCCAGAUCUCGCAGCUGAUAGGAAACCUCCGAGGGAGCUAUCAGAACUUAAACCAGUCUGUAGCCCAUGAUUGGACGUCGGGCUUACAGCGGCUGAUACUGAGGAAAGAAGAUGCGAUCAGAGCUGCCGACCGCUGCCGGAUCCAGUUACAGCUCCCGGGAAAGCAGGACAAGUCCGGGCGGCCCACGUUCUUCACUGCUGUGUUCAAUACGCUUACACCAGCCAUCAAGGAGUCCUGGGUCAGCAGCCUGCAGAUGGCCAAGCUGGCCCUUGAGGAGGAGAACCAUAUGGGAUGGUUCUGUGUGGAUGACGAUGGCAACCUAGCCAAGAAGGAGACACACCCUCUCCUGGUGGGACACAUGCCUGUGAUGGUGGCCAAGCAGCCAGAGUUCAAGAUUGAAUGUGCAGCUUAUAACCCUGAACCUUACCUGAGCAAUGAAAGUCAACCAGCCUCACCCUCCACAGCCCGUGGCUUUCUGUGGAUUGGAAGCUGUAGCAACCAGAUGGGUCAGGUCGCCAUUGUCUCCUUCCAAGGUUCCAACCCCAAAGUCAUCGAGUGCUUCAAUGUGGAAUCACGCAUCCUGUGUAUGGUAUACAUUCCCGCAGAGGAGUCAAAGCCCCAAGAAACCACCGAAACCAAGGAUCCAGAAGCCACAGCCUCGAGAGCACCCCAUGUGCCCACCAUCUGCCUGGGCACAGAAGAGGGAAGCAUUUCCAUUUACAAAAGCAGUCAGGGCUGCAAGAAGGUGAGGCUUCAGCACUUCUAUGCACCGGACAAGUCCACGGUCAUGAGCUUGGCCUGCUCCCCACAAGGCCUGUAUGCAGGCCUGGUCAAUGGGUCCGUAGCCAGCUACACCAAGGCUCCAGCACCGAGCUCUCCUGGCAGCCCGUGGGCAGAGUUCUGUCUCAUCUGCGUUUUCCUGCCAUGCUUGCCCUCGGGAGCAUAUGCCAUCUCGGGUACAGGCUGUGGUGCAGUGAAGGGCUAUGGAUCCUGGAACUCGGAACCCCAGCAAGUGAUCAAGUUGGGUGUCCUGCCAGUCAGAAGCCUUCUCCUGGUGGAGGGUGCACUGUGGGCAGCCUCGGGAGGGCAGGUGUUCAUGGCCAGCGUGGAGACUCACACUAUAGAGAAUCAGCUGGAGGCCCACCAAGAUGAAGGGAUGGUCAUCUCCCACAUGGCUGUGGCUGGCGUUGGCAUCUGGAUUGCCUUCACCUCGGGGUCCACCCUCCGCCUCUUCCACACAGAGACCUUGAAGCACCUGCAGGAUGUCAACAUUGAUGCCCCUGUGCAUAGCAUGCUGCCAGGGCACCAGCGUCUAUCUGUGACCAGCCUGCUCGUCUGCCACGGCUUGCUCAUGGUCGGUACCAGCCUGGGUGUCGUGGUGGCCCUGCCAGUCCCUCGGCUUCAGGGUAUCCCCAAAGUGACAGGGCGAGGCAUGGUCUCCUACCAUGCGCAUAACGGGCCCGUUAAGUUCAUCGUCUCAGCCACGGCGUUUCAAAACAAGGACAGAGCCAGGGACAGCCCACGUUCCGGUUCUGAGCUUCAGGAUGAAGACCCCAAGGACUUGCUCUGCAGCGAGGAAGGUCCUUCCUGCCCGGGCCAGCCUGACACCUACACAUCCGUUUGGUUGGGAGACUCCCUAGGAUUGCCAACUCAAAAGAAUGAUCUGUCUUCGUCCUCGGGGUCACUGAACCUGUCCCAUGGCUCCAGUUCCCUAGAGCACAGAUCUGUGGACAGCAGUCUGUGUGACCUGCUGAGGGACCCCAGUGCCUCCCCAAGGAGCAGACCACAGGGCUCUAGGCGAGCAAGAGCCAGUUCAGCGCUGGUGGUAUGUGGGGGCCAGGGCCACCGGCGGGUGCACAGGAAGGCCAGGCAGCCUUCUCAGGAGGACCUGGUUUCUUCAGUGAUGGUGUGGCAGAUCCCCCUGCUGGGCAUGUAGGUCAGGAGGCUGCUGCCUGGCAUAAGGUGGCAAUCAAGGACAACUCUCAGCCGGAUGCAGGGCCAGCUGACAGAGGCUGCAUCCACACCACCGGGACCAACUGGAAGCAGAGUUUGGAAAAGAAAUAUUCUGUGGUCACUCUGCUCUCCUGCCUUCCUCCCAUCGCACAACGGAGCCCAGCUGUGCCAGGGAAGCAGGGGAGCGCCCUGGCUGUGGGGUCACUGGACCACAGUCCAGGAUAAUGCUACAGUCUGCCCCAUCAUUCACCUGAUACAUAAAGUGAGCUGGCUGUGUGGGCUCCAGUCCCAUCUCAGAGAGCUGACAGGGAAACAACAUAGCACCUAGUAGCAUAGGAGGUCAUUAACAACCCUUAAAAUCAUUCUACUUGACUCAGACUCACUACUGUUAUUUAUAUUCUCUAUAUUUUUUUAAUCCCAGAAUACAGAUUGUAACAAUUUAGAAAGCCAGGUAACACACCCCAGUCCAGUCAGCUUGCCCUUUUUGGAAGGAGUGACCAAGGCUUUCCAAAGUAGACUGUUGUGUGUACUGUGCCCUUUAACAAAUAGUGUUUUUAUAUUGCAUUUUUUUUCUAUUAAAAAUCAACAGUUAACAUUUUAGUCAAUGUACUCUCUGUAGCAUUUCACACAUAAUCUUUACUUGAAGCCAAAAUGUUCAGUACCUGUCAACAUUGAACUCCAGCUUCCACGCCAAAUCAUACUUGCCUUCUCAUACUAAGUGACAUUAAUGUCUGCGUGGGGCAUGUGCCGGCCCAGUCAUGCAGGGAUGGUGCUAGAUGUGUCUCUGGUCUUCUGUGCACCUGCUGUCAGAGAGCCAUCCACACAGUUGGACACUCCUUCUGAGUGGUCCAUGAUGCUGAUCAGUCAGCCGCUGCCCGCCCCUGCACCUGCCUGCCAUCCCUGUACCACCCUCCCCCCCCUUCCCAAAGAACACACAGGGUCACGUGGGACACUUGAACGUCAAGGGGCAUGAGUAACCCAUAGACUCUGUUUGCUCCAGCUGUAUUACACAUCAGUGUUUCACUUACUGGAUGGAUUAAAAAAAAGUUGUUUUUUUUAAAUUUAAUGCAGAUAUUAUUCACCAGGAACAACUUCUCAGCACUUUACAAAGGACUAAAAUGCUAACUUUUAACUUAGCCAAAUAUUUUUCUAAAUUGCACAUAUACCCAAGCUUUUUCAAACUGUUAGCUGCUAUCUUAUUUGAUAAAAUAAAAGACUUUCUAUUUUAGAAUA